GAGGUUAUAUAUGCUGUGUUUGUGGAACCUGAAACAGAAUUCAAAGUCACAAUAUCUGCAAAGAUUUUCAGUCCAACCCAGACAGAGUUGUUAGGGAGACCCUCACGGGACGGCUGUUGGGUAAAUAAUAGAUGGAGAAAUAGAAAAUCAGAUUGAUGCAAAUAGAUCAAUAUUUUGAAAGCAGACAGGAAAAUUACUUCAGAAUCGCUUAUUGAACAGCAAUGUUGAGAAUAACAUUCAUCACUGGAAUCUUGUGCCUAAUCACCAAUGCCUCAGGCCUAAAGGUUACCCAGCCAGACAUAAUUGUGGCCAGCAGGCAUGGAAAGGCCACUCUGGUCUGUGACUACAGGAUAAGUGCCAAGGUUGAAGAGAUGCGUUUCAGGCUUUUAAGGAAAUUGGGUAACCAAAUAAAAGAAAUUUGUGCUUUCAGCUACUCUACAAACUAUGAAUCAGUUACCACUGGUGACACCAUACAAUGUGAAGGGGAGCCUGGUCCCAACAACGUGACUCUGCAUAUAUCAGGGCUACAGACACCUGACACAGGAAUGUACAUAUGCAAACUGGACAUCAUGUAUCCACCUCCCUAUCGCACAACUGAAGGGAAUGGUACUCUGAUAUAUGUCAGUGAUCUUAUGGCUGAAUGUGCACAAUCAAUGGAGCCACCUGAAUCCAUUCUUGAUCAAAAGAUUCUUCUGGUUGUCUGCUUUGUUAUGUUUUUGUACUCCCUGUUUAUCACUGCUGCCUUGUUGUGUGGGAAGCAACGGAAAAAAUUCAAUAUCGGUAAUUAUGAGAAGAUGUUGGAGUCAGAUCAAGGCAAUGGCUUUUCACCUUAUUAUAUCCGUGUCAACUGAACGUUACAUGUCCAUCCACUUCUUAAAGAAUGAGUAUAUUGCACCCUUACAAAUUCAGCCAUACGAAGGGCCAUAGCAGCCUCACCAAAAAUGUCUAUACUAAUAAAUGAAUGUAAUGUAAUUAGACUCUCAUAAUUGCUAAAGUGACGAUACCUCAAAAAAGCUUUUAUAGCAACAUUAGAGUAUUUUUUUAAAGAUGAAUUAUAGAUGUGCUUCUGUGGAGCAUAAACAAUUUAGUUCAGGACUUUUUCCAGUUUUCAAUGUGGGGUUAUCUUUGCCUCUCCAGUCUCACAAUAGGUUAAUUUAUCUAAUAAACGUUCUUGAAUAUCAAAUGCUUUUUAACACAGCUUAAUGGUCACUGUUUAGACAUCUCUAGUAUGUUUUGUUUUUAAAGUUUGAGUCCCCAUUCUCCCUUCAUUGCCCUUGGCCCUUAUUAUGUAUCCCAGGUCUUGCAGAAGACAGAAAAAAAAAAGUAUUCAAGGAAAUAUAUAUAUAUAUAGGAAUUCAGGGUUGCCUUCUUGUCUCAUCCAAUGAAACACCUAUAGGCUACAGGCUACAGUGGUGAAUAAUUCAUCUAGCAUGACCCUAUAUGAAAGAGACAUGUGUAGAUUUCAGUGUUAAAUACACUAGCCAGCAAGCUUUCCCAGGGAUUUUCCCAGCCAUUAGGCUGCACUGACUUAUCGACUUAUGUGGUUUUUCAUAGCAAGCUAUACACAUAGGGCAUUCUGCAUGUUCCCAGAACAGAAUAAGUAUAGAAAUUCUACCACAGCAUUCUCCAAAGAAGAUCUUUAUUGACAUUUGCAAGCAUAUAUUGGCAUGUAAGCAAAAGUCUUUCUAGUACUAAGUAUUUUAUCUUCUUUCUUCUGAUUUUAAAUGCAACCAGAAUGUAGCUCAUCGAGCUUUUGCUUAUAAACUGUAGACCUUCUGGUCCAUAGAAACACAAGGAAAACAAAUCACCAAUUCACUGAGAAGCCCUCUGUAAAAGCUUUAGCUUUUGUUAGGCUUUUCAGAUAAGGAGCAGCUGAGUAGACUGGUGAUUUGUUUUAUUUGUCCAGUUUAGUGCAAGAAAUAAUACAAAUUAUAGAUGUUUAGCACAAGCCCUAUUCAUGAAACUAUUGUUGUAAAUAUUACCUUCUGAUGCAUACUGCAUUUCUAUAUUUAGGACAUUUCAGUUUGCGGUAAGUCUGAUUUUAUAUUGUGUAUGUAUGUAGAUUAAAAAGGAUAAAGGGCAACCCUGUCUGACCUAGGUUUUAUUCUGAAUAUUACUUUUCUUUGCAUAAUACAGUCCAACAUGAAAAAUGCCUGUGGUGACUUGAAUUAAUUACACCUUACCACAGAUACCUAACAUUGGAGAAACCAUUUUAUUAGCAUUUCCUUUACAAAGAAAAGCAACAGACUGGGACAUUUAAUGACUUAGGGGUCCGUUUACUAAAGUACGGUAAAUCUGACUUUAAGUUUCCGCAUGUUAUCGCUGAGAAUAUUUUUA